AAAAAAAAACACUCGCUAGGGUUUACUCUGCUCUGCUCAAUGGAGGUCGACGCCGCCGCCCACCCCACCGCCGAGCUGCGGCGGCUCCUCGCGGCAACCCUCAGCGCGGACAAGGCCUCCGUGGACGCCGCCACCGCCGGCCUCGAUGGGAUCGCCGCCGCCGGCGACCCCCGCUUCCCCUCCGCCCUCCUCGCCGUCGCCGCAGGGGAUGGUGACCAGGGGACAAGGAUCGCCGCGGCGACAUACUUGAAGAAUUUCGCCCGGCGCAGCAUGGAAGGUGGGCUGUCGUUGCCCAAGCUCUACGGGGAGUUCCGCGACCAGCUCGCGCAGGCUCUGCUCCGGGUGGAACCUGCGAUUCUUCGAGUUCUGAUUGAAGUUUUUCGCCAAGUCGUGGAGAAAGAUUUUGCCAAGGAUAAUUCGUGGCCUCAACUCGUGCCUCAGUUGAAGCUGGUGAUCCAGAGCAGCGACAUAAUUAGUCCAGGCCAGCACCCUGAAUGGAAAACCAUUAAUGCUCUCACGGUACUGCAAUCUGUGGUUCGACCGUUCCAGUAUUUCUUGAAUCCAAAAGUUGUAAAAGAGCCUGUUCCGGAGCAGUUGGAGCAAAUCGCAGCUGAGAUUCUUGUACCGCUGCAAGUGACAUUCCACCACUUUGCUGACAAGGUUUUGUUGUCGCAUGAUGGGAAUAAAUUGGAAUAUGAGCAGCUCCUACUUAUCAUAUGCAAGUGCAUGCAUUUUACUGUGAGGUCAUACAUGCCAUCUAGGGUAAAGCAGAUUUUGCCUUCCUUUUGCAAAGACAUGUUCCGCGUACUAGAUUCAUUGGAUUUAAACAGUCCUGAAGAAGCAGCUACAAGGUUUAAGAUUGGAAAAAGAUGUCUAAUUAUAUUUUCCACACUUGUUACUCGUCACCGGAAGCAUGCAGAUAACCAGAUGCCGCAUAUUGUCAAUUGCGUAACCAGAAUAUCAAAAUGCAGCAAUCAUUUCAGUAAACUCAAUUCUCUCUCAGACCGGAUUUUUUCAUUAGCAUUUGACGUGAUUUCUCGUGUUUUGGAGACAGGCCCUGGAUGGCGGCUUGUUUCACCCCAUUUUUCUUCAAUUCUGGAUUCAGCCAUUUUUCCAGCAUUAGCAUUAAAUGAGAAGGAUAUAGCUGACUGGGAGGAGGACACUGAUGAGUAUAUGCGGAAAAAUCUUCCCUCUGAACUUGAUGACAUUUCAGGAUGGGCUGAUGAUUUAUUUACUGCUAGGAAAAGUGCCAUCAAUUUACUUGGUGUUAUAGCCCUCUCAAAGGGACCGCCAGUUGUAUCCGCAGCUUCCAAACGCAAGAAGGGUGACAAAAGCAAAAGAAAAGGAGAAAGCUCCAUUGGGGAGUUAUUGGUCAUUCCAUUCCUGUCAAAAUUUCCUGUUCCUUCUCAUGGAGAAGAUGCAUCAUCAAAGGCAGUGCAGAAUUAUUUUGGUGUUCUAAUGGCAUAUGGAGGUCUCCAAGAUUUUCUGACUGAGAAGAAAGAUUUGACGGUUACAUUGAUCAGGAAUCGGAUCCUUCCAUUGUAUUCUUUAGAUCCCUGUAGUCCAUAUUUGAUAUCUACUGCAAACUGGAUUAUUGGACAGCUUGCGUUGUGCCUACCAGAGGCUAUGAGCACAGAUAUUUAUAAUUCGUUGAUGAAGGCACUGAGCAUGGAGGAUGCUGAGGACUUAACUUGCUAUCCGGUCCGUGCUUCUGCUUCUGGUGCUAUUGCAGAACUCAUUGAGAAUGGUUAUGCUCCACCUGAUUGGGUUGCCCUUUUACAAGUUGUGGUGAAAAGGAUAAGCACUGAAGACGAAAAUGAGUCUGCUCUUUUGUUUCAGCUUCUUGGAACAAUAGUCGAGGCUGGUCAAGAAAAGGUUCUGGCUCAUAUUCCUGGAAUUGUGUCUAACAUUGCCAAUACCAUAACCAAGCUACUGUCCCCUGUGCCAGAUCCAUGGCCUCAGGUUGUCGAGCAGGGUUUUGCCGCACUGGUAACGAUGGUUCAAGCUUGGGAUAGCUUGGCACCAGAUGAAAACAAGGAACAUGAGAAGGCAGUGUGGCAGUCAGGCCAGACUGCUAUUGCUCAAACUUUUUCAACAGUGUUACGAAAAGCUUGGCUGUUGCCAGUUGAACAGAUGGAGUUGACGUUAGAAUCUCCAUUGCCACCACCAUCGUGUGUAAAUGAUGCUUCUGUGUUGCUCGAAUUCAUCAUGAGGUCUGCUACUUCUAUGGAAGAAGCUACAGACAUGAAAGUCUUUGAGCUAGUAGCAGUAUGGGCUGACACCAUUGCCUAUUGGGACUCUUGGGAGGAAAUGGAGGAUCAGGGAGUUUUCAAUGCAAUCAAAGAAGCUGUCAAUUUCCAUCAAAGAUUUGACUCCUCUGGUUUCUUUGUGAAGAUGCUUCCUUCCCGGUCUGCAAAUGGCUCACAAAGUUCAGUCAUUAGUCGGGUUUCUAAUUUUGUUACCAGGGCAAUUGCAGUUUACCCCUCAGCAACAUGGAGGGCAUGCUCAUGCAUCCAUUCACUAUUGCACGCUCCAGAUUUCUCCUUGGGAGCAAAAGAUGCUAGAAUGACUCUUGCUGCAACCUUUGCAGACGCAACAUUUUCCUAUUUCAAGGGUCUAUCUGAUAGCCCUGCUGGGAUAUGGAAGCCACUACUCCUAGCCAUUUCUUCAUGCUACAUUUGCUAUCCAGAGGCUAUUGAGCAAGUUUUAUGCAAGGAUGAUGGGAAUGGUUAUGCAGUAUGGGCAUCUGCACUGGCCCAAGUCUCAAGUAGCUCAUUUACUCCUGAGAUGUCAUCUGAAUCUGAGAUUAAACUUGCUGUGCUAACAUUAGCAAUUGUCAUUGAGCGACUGCUGGCCCUUUCCAUGGGUGGCACCAAGGUGUUGCAAGACUGCUAUAUAUCAUUGAUGGAGUCCUUCAUUCAUCUCAAGGACGUUCAAGAGGACGGAGAUGACGAUGAUGACGAUGAAGCUGAAGAUCAUGAUGAUGAGGAAGAGGAGGAAGACAGCGAUGACGAGGAUUCGGAGGACGAUGAUGUGCGAGAAGAGACGGAAGAGGAAUUCCUUGCAAGAUAUGCAGCUGCUGCUGCUGGUGAGUCAAUAGAGGUUGCCGAGGAAGGAGACAUAGAUGAUGAAACCCAAGACAUUGAAUUGGGUUCCCUGGACGAAGUGGACGCUAAACAGGUGGUUAUUUCACUGAUGCAGAAGCAUUUUGUGCUCCUGCAGGCGCAUAAUUUGCCAGACGACCUAAUUGAGAGAAUUGCAGAAACAUUUCCUGAAUAUGAGCAGAUGUUUCAUGCGCACCGACAUUCUAGCUGUUAGCUUGUGCAGAUUUCUUGUCCAAUAUAUUUGCCUUUAGCCUUUCAUUAUUAGUUUUUUUCUGUGUUUGUUUUGUGACACUGCUUUCUUCUUUAUGCUUGUAUAUGAAACGGUGGGCUACAACGUGUCACCGGGGUUUCCCACUAAAUAUUGGUGCAUGGAUAAUAUGACCCCUUUUUUUUAUCACAUCACUUAAUGGUUCAAUAUUUAUCA